CUAAAGAAAGCCCAGCACUGACAUCCACUCCUCCACAGGAUAGACAUAUUGAACGGUGCUGCAACCGCACCCUGUCAUCAGCCUGUCAAACAACAAAUCAAUUGAAGCACUUCAUCACGGAGAGCGAAUACAAAGAAAAGCGACCAGCAGAAACUAACAGCCAUGAAUCUUGAGCCCCCCAAACCAGAGAUCAAGUCAGCCACCCGUGUCACCGGUGGCCCUGCAACGCCACGCAAAGGACCGCCCAAGUUCAAGCAGAGGCAGACUCGUCAGUUCAAGAGCAAGCCACCAAAGAAGGGUGUGCAAGGUUUCGGAGAUGAUAUCCCUGGCAUGGAAGGUUUAGGAACUGAUAUCACUGUCAUCUGCCCCUGGGAGGCCUUCAAUCAUCUGGAACUUCACGAAUUGGCUCAGUAUGGUAUCAUCUGAGCCCACCACCGUCCUAUCAUCAUCUGUGCAAUUUAGACCCCUUCCUGUCGUGUGCUACAAACCACCUGCCAUCGUCUCCAAGUGGACCAUUCCUACUUUUAUAACAGAAUAAACACAGAAAACAGCAACAUUUAUAAAAAUUGAAAAACAAGGAAAAACACUCAACAAAAAAUAUCAGUCUGACUUUACAUCCUUCUGGUUUCUCUUCUUUCUUGCAGGCAGAGUACAUUUUCCACAUCUGCUUUAUACUAGGACAAAAACAAAUCUGUAUUUUGCUUUAAAUACGCACUGAUGCUCUUAUCUUUUCUCUGCUCUAUUUUUCUUUUUUACACUCUUCCUCCCUCUUUUCUUUUGGAACACCAAACAAGCAAGACAGCCUCAGAGUGAGUAAAAACAAGUGUUAUACCCGUGAAAUGUCCGGCUUCUCAUUUCAUGCGCCUCGGUGCCUCCUCUGUCCACCUUCGCCGAGAUCAUAAAAGAAGAUCAAAGUCCUGUAGAGAUGAGUCACCCUGCCGACCGACACUGAGAGUAAUUUGGCUGAGAUGCUGCACUUACAGUAGAACAAUCCCCAAAUCUGUAACUCCAUUUACUUUACAAUAACACCCAAUUUCAACAACUGCAGAUCCUUAAAGAAGUUUCAGCCUUUCUACCAUCUUAUACUUUUUUAAUUUCUGUGCAUUGUGUGUAACCUUAAUGACAUGCUCAGGAAAAAAAAUGCUUGAUUUGAUGAAUUCAUUAAUUUAUUUUUUUGUUAAUACCAUUUUUGGUCAAGCACACUGUUGUUGUGCUUUGCCAUCCCCUCAUUCAAUGCAUGCAAACCCAACAUCCAGGUUAGGGGAUAGUUAACCAUUACACAUAGAUAAUAGGGCAGAAAUCACACCCUGGAGUAUGAUUAUGAUUGUAACAGUAGCAUUCAUUUAAGGUUAAAUUUCUCAGUUACAGUAAAUUUCUCAGGUGACUGUGUUAGGAAGCAGUAUUGGGCUGUCAUGUCUUGUGUCUUUUUCUCUUUCAUGAUCAUUUUGUGCUAUUUUAUCCUUCAUCAUCAACAUCGUCAUCAUCAUAUCUCCUAAUCAUUAUGUCAUCAUCGUGUCCCUCUUUAGUUUUACUAGUGUUAUUUAUAUCAAAUGUAUUAUUUUCUUUUUCCAUUUGUAUAUUUCAUUGUAUAAUGUUGUCCAUUAUAAUUUUAUGUAAUCUUAAAUAGCUUCAUUUAAAUGUCCUGUAUCUUUCAUAGAUUUAUUUUGGAUUUAAUUUUGAGCCAUUCAUUUUCUUCUUAUUUUCUUUCACUUUGUGAAACAACACAUUGUGUUGAGCUUGUGUUUAUGGUUUUUUUUUUUUUUUUUUUUUUUUGCAUGCUCUUUGACCCUUACAUUUAAGGCACUUGUGUUUGUUUAGUCAUUCAUUCAUUCAUUCAUUCAUCCAUUCAUUCAUUCAUUCAUCCAUCCAUCCAUUAGUUACAUUUUGUUUUUAAUCUUAUUUAGUGAAUUGUAGUAAAAAGCCCAUUUCCCACCACAGUCAAGAAUAUAUCCAAAAUAAACAUAGAUUCAAAGUAAAUUCUACAUUAUAAAAUGUACAGUCAAAGUAAUGUUUUGCACAAGCAUGGAUACAUGUUCCUUUUCGCCCAGAUCCUUUACUUGUACUACAAUGUAUGUCCUAAAAUCUCAAUCUCUGUGUGAAAUUCUGCUAUUGGACUGUAUUCUGCAGUAAAUGGUUUCAGGCUGCUCAUGAAUUCUUAAGGUCUCUACCAUGUUUGAGGGUUGACUCUUGAAAACAUCAGUGACUGGAGUGAAGUUUACUCUCUACAGGAUAAGAUCAAAAUAAAAAGGAAGAAAAAAAAAAAAAAGGAAACUGUGUGUUUCUGUGCUCUUAAAUUUUAAUCAAAAGUGAUUGAAUAUAACCUGAUUGACUAUUUCAGUUGAGGCUGCAGGGAUAAAAUGCAGUUUUUGACAUGUUACAAAAAUGUACCCUUGAAAUGUAAUGAGAUGCAAUGAACUUCUGCUGUUAAAAAGCUUAGAACUGAUUUGAAGAAUCUUCCAAACUGCAUUCUGUCCUUCUUCAGAGUUUCAGAGCA